AUGUGUGGUUUAUUGGCAUCAAUUCAUUCUCAUCACAACGAUGCCAGCAAAAAAUCAUCUCAUGGAAUGAAAAUUGAAUGUUACCCGGAAACUUAUGCUCAGUAUUCAUCAGCUACUGAAAAAUAUCAUAAACUUAAAAGGGUUUUUGGUGAUGUACCCACCUGUGUGCCGUCAAAUCGUUUAUGUAAAUUAUUGUAUUGGACCUGUCGAAGGAUACAGUUCUGGUUUUGUUUUUAUAAUGAGGAUAUGGAAAUGGAUGUUGAAGAUUUAUUAUCUAAUCCAUUUAACACACAACCUCCUUCAUUGAAUGAAUUAAUUCAUGUGACUGGAUUUAAUAAAGAUUGGAUUAUGUUUAUGUAUCGAAAUUUCAAACAGAUAUGCUCAAAUGGGCGAAUGCCAUUACAGCAGUGGAGACGAAUAUUCCAGCUUAUAUUUCCCAAAUCAGCAAAUAGUGAAUUUGCUGAUCGUGUAUUUCGAGCUAUUGCCGGUGGUAAAACCUCAAAACAUAUUACUUUCGAGGAAUUAAUAUUAUGCUUACACCGAAUAAGUGAAUGCUAUUGUAUUUACGCAUCAACAAGUUCACAAAAUUCAUCUGCUCAUUUCUCAAGGAUUGCACAAUUUGUUUUCUUGUUGAUGAAACCAAGUGAUCAUGAACAAAUAAAUUUAGAUGGUUUUAAAAACUAUGCUGAAGCUGUAUUCAGUUUAAAUGUUCCAUCGAUAGCAUAUAAUUCGCAUCAUUUAUUUAGCCAAAUGCAUGUUUCUAAUAAUCAUUAUGGUCAUAAUAAUAGUUGUUCAUCGAUGCCAUUUCAAUUUCCGUCAAAUUUCAGACAUUACACAUUGCAAUGUUUCAAUGAAAUGGAUAUGGAUAAUGAUGGAAUUAUAAGUUUCGAUGAUGUGAAAAGGGUAUUAACUCCUGAAUGUGAUUCGAUGCGGCUUUUUAAAGAAGCUCAUCUUUUGCAUUCUUGA